CACACACACAAAAAAAGCACCCGGCACGCACGCCGCACGACGCCAUAAUUGGUCCAUUCGAAUUUCGAACGCCGCCGGCCGCUCCCCUCUCCUCCCCAUCCAUCCACGCCAAACUACACACACACCAGACCGGCGAGACGAGACCCGAGCCGAGCGGCGGCAGCGCGGGACGCAGCACAGCAGGAGGAGAUGAGGAAGGCGGCCGCGGCCUCGCGCUACGCCUCCUACGAGUCCCAAUCCCCCUCCCCGUCCCCGCGCCGCGCCGGCGCCGGACCCGCACCCGCCGCCGCCGCAUCGGGGACGCCGGUCCAGCAGAGCCGCGCGCUGGUGCCGGUCAGAUCCGGCCGCGCCGACCUGCGCUGCCAGGCGCCGCCGCAGCCGCACGGCAACCUCGGCUCCGUGCUCCGGAGGCUCAUCUCCAUGGACAAGAAACCCAGCUCCAAGAACCUCCUCCCCGUCCCUCCCGCCCCCGCGAAGAACGGCGGCGGAGGGGGCAAGCUGCCGGCGCUGUCGCGGAAGCUAUUCCAGAAGGCCCCGCCGGAGGGCAAGCGGAAGGCCCUCACGGAGGUCAAGAACAGCGGCAACGCCAACACGCGCACGCUCGCCACGGUGCUGCGCAGCGAGCGGGAGCUCCUCUCGCAGAGCAAGGAGCAGGAGGACGAGAUCGCCGCGCUCCGCCGCCAGCUCCACCAGAAGGACACCGAGGUCGAGCGGCUCAAGGACCUGUGCCUGCGCCAGCGGGAGGAGAUCAGGGCGCUCAAGGACGCCGUCCUGUUCCCGGACGCGCAGCCCGACCGCCACGUCCGGGACGAGAUAUCGACCCUCACCGGGCAGAUCCAAUGCCUUGCCGAGGAGCUCGCCCAGGUCAAGGCCGAGAAGAACACGUCAAGGUCAUGUUUUGAUGAUGGAUAUUGUUCCUCCCCAAGUACGCCCGUGCUUAACGAGGAGACUGCCUUCUCUCUGGAGUGUAGCAUCGGCGAAGCAGAGACGCCAAACUGUGGUAGCCCUGACGAAAUGUUUGUCAAAGAUCUUAAUCCCUGCCUGACCCCUUUCUCCAAGAGCAGAUCCGAGGAAUACGAGGAAUCCUUGAGCUCCCAACGCAGCAACAGCAGCAAGGCCAGGCCGGCCCACCACCUCUCCUUCGGCUCGAGCCGAAGACCGAUGUCGAAGAGCUCCGAUCACCACAAGCCUACCUCAGGCACUGGGAGUAGCAGCAAGCGGCGAGUGCACAGAUCCGACCAAGACAAGAUCUACCAGAACCUAUUUUAGUUUAGUCAUGAAUCGCCCAGAGAUUGUGUGUGUGAGAGUUGUGUAAUAACGUUGCUAUGUGUGUGGUGUGGGGGUGAACAAGCAACGGUCAUUACGAUCUUGGUUGUGCUUUGGUUCUUGAUGGUUGAUAGCUGUCAGAUGUAUGAACCCUGAUGGUUUGAUGUUUCUUUCCAGAGAAAUUCAGGUGUAAUUUUCA